AUUGGUGAGAGAGUGGUGUGAGCUGCUGUAUAUUAUCCAAACCCAAUUGUAAAAGAAGGGCCGAAGGACAGGGAAACAGAUCAUGUGAGAAAGGUAAGGAGAAAAGGAAAAUCAUUCGGUAGAGUGAAUCGAGAAAGACGGCUGGGAGGAAGAAGAUAACAGAGCAAAUAUGACGAUGGUGAUACAACAAGGGUUUCUAUCGCGGUGUCCAAAUGCGAGCACUAAAAUUUUCCCAAAAUUUUCGCCAUCAUCUCUCAAAUCGCCAAAAUCCCUCAAGCCGAGCUCGUUGCUCAGAAUAUUUGCCGCCAUUAAUGGCGGAGACUCCCGCGGCGUCGGCAGUGAAGAAUUUCAGCUCAAAUUACUCUCGGGCAUCGAUUUCCAGGAAAGAUUCAUUUCAAGACUUCCAGCAGGAGUUGUCUUAGCUAUCAAUGCCUUAAUCUAUGCUCAGCCAUUACAAGCUGCCGCCGAAACCUGCCAAGUAGCCGACGACAACAUUUUCAACAUGAACAUGCCGUUGCUGCUCUUCGUCGCCCUCAUAGGCGCCACCGUCGGAGGACUCCUCGCGCGGCAAAGAAGGGGAGAGCUACAGAGACUAAACGAGCAGCUACGUCAGAUCAACACCGCGCUGAGAAGGCAAGCGAAGAUCGAAUCUUAUGCGCCGAGCCUGAGUUACACUCCCGUCGGCGGACGUAUCUCGGAGAAUGAAGUGAUCGUUGACCCGAAAAAGCAAGAUUUGAUUUCUCGCCUGAAAAACGGGAAGAAUUUCCUACGCAAUCAGGAUCUCGAGAGGGCUUAUUCUGAAUUCAAGGCAGCGCUCGACCUCGCCCAAAGCCUAAAUGAUCCGAUCGAACAAAAGAAGGCCGCCAGAGGCUUAGGAGCGUCGCUGCAAAGGCAAGGCAAGUAUCGGGAGGCGAUCAAGUACCAUACAAUGGUUCUUGAAAUUUCGCAGCGGGAAGGAGAGGAGUCGGGAAAUACCGAAGCUUAUGGCGCCAUAGCCGACUGUUACACGGAGCUCAGUGAUCUGGAACGAGCUGCCAAAUACUAUGAUCAGUACAUUUCCAGGUUAGAAUCCGACUGAUGUUUAUGUGUUCUUUUGUAGAGGUUGCAAAAAUGGUUACUAGAGCUUUUUUGGGAUGAACAUUUUGUUGUAUUGUUCAAUGGCUUCUCUAAAUCUGGGGCUGUGUUUAAUGUUUACCAUAGCCUUUUUUAAGUCAACUAAUUAUUUGAUAUGCUUUAAUGAAAAAAUUAGUUACGAGUCGA